AUGGAGGGUGUAGAGAAUGAACCAUCCACACUUGCCACCAAAGAUUCGUCGAAAAGUGUGGAAAAAGAGAGCGUAAACUUACGACAAGGGACCUCACUUAUCCCCAAAGCAGUAUGUUGAUGUCAGCCUGAUUGGAUUUCUUGAAAGUAACUCUGACGUGUUUGGAAAGUGCGAGAGCUGUCGAAUCAGAAAGAUUCGUUGCAACAAAGUCACAACUUGCUCAAAUUGUGUGAUUGCCAGCUUGUAAGUACAACCAAUAAUCCCUUGCCGUCAGUAUACUAAAUUCUCCUUCUUGACAGGUCAUGCAAGCCUGCAACAAGAAACACAGAGAGCAAGCCGCAGCGUAGUGCACCAGCAUCCUACUAGUAAGUAACAGAAACCUGCUUCAUCUGGGAUCUCGUCGUUAAUCUCAAGAAGUGAGAAACACUUUAGCCGCAUAAACGAGAACCUAUUGGACAUCAAAAAUACCCUUCGAGACCUCAGCAAAGCUGCUACUCCAAAUGUAUCAAUACCAAGCCAUGUCCCAUCUGUAAAAGCCUCCACUUUCGUUGCAGAGGAAUGUGUAUUUGAGGGAGACUCCUCUUUUUGCAGCUACUCGGUACAGGCGACUCGAUCAGCUGAAGCCGAAAUAUCGGCUUCCGUUGCGCAACCAGGCCAUCAAACUACAGAGAUCUCAGAAUCGUUAUCAUCACUGAAGUCCCUGUUAGGUGGGGAAGGGAAAUACACAAAAACAGAUGACUUGUCAUUCCCCUCAUUUCCAACUGGUGUUACUAGUGCUGACGUUGAAUUACCCCCCAUGUCUUUGGUUUUGAAAUGUUUGAAGAGGAGCAGUUGUGAGUAAUUACCAACACUGUGAAGUUUCAUCAUCAUCAUCCAAGCUAAUCUUGCUUAACCCAAACACCUUUGACAUGGUUACAGAGUGCUCAGCGAGACCACUCAACGCUAGAAAACUUAGCUAAAGCCGUCUAUUUUCCUACAAAGCCUCUGCCGAGUGGCCAUGUAACGCUUAUGUGUGGAAUGUUGAUGUAUCUGCUGGAAGAGUAUUUAGCAGCUGAUGAUCCAGAGUUUCCGCCGGCUGAUUGCCAACAAUAUAUCAAGCUAUGCCAGACCAAGUUUUGCGCUGGCCUUCAAACUUACGAGUGUAUGACAACACCUACUCUGGAGAAUAUUCGUGAGUCAAAUUGUUCUUCAUUCUCCGCUAUUCGCCCAGAUGGCAGAGACCGUUCAUUCUUGUCCUCAUACAUUGGUGCCAUUGUAUUGUGAGAAUUGAAGAAGACUAAUCUUUCUGGGUUUUUAGAAUGCUUAAUGUUCGGGGUACGUUUAACUAUUAUCCAGUAUCACCAUUCACUUUUCUCUCAGUGUUCGUGGCAGUCACUGACCUAAAUCUAGGCUAUGAGAGCACAAGAGGAGUCUCGUCCGUCUCCAUGUUGGACUCUUGUUGCCGUCGGAGCACGUCUAUGUUUAAUCCUAGGAUAUCAUCGUAAGGAGGUACUGGCUCGAGACCCACAUGCUGAAGUGAAACGGCAUGCUUUUUGGGUACUAUAUAUGAUGGAUAAGGCUCAAACUCUCAAUCUUGGACGUGUGUCUAGUUUUCCAGACCACGAUAUUGAUGCCGAUAUGUUCACCCUAACUGAAAACCUUAUAACUCGACCAUGGGAUCUUGUCUGGUGUCAAAUCAUUGAAAUCUCCCGGGUCAUGGGGCGGAUAUACGAUGAACUAUAUUCUGUGCGAGCUCAGAACGCACUUCCUGACAGCAAAUCUCAGAUGAUUGAAGUGCUUCAUACAGCACUUUCAAGCUCGCUCAUUGAAAUCAAGAAGGUAUGACAUCCCUCAUCGUCAUAGGUAUGUUGUUGACAAUCCAAUCAGAUUGAUACUACCAAAUCGGUGUACAAAGAAGACUUGGAAAUUAUCAUCCGUGCAUUCGAUCUUGUUUACUACUCCUCUUUGACAUUGCUAUACGGGGCCAAAAACACUCUCUCAGUAACCACGCAAAUUAAUUCUCGACAGUUCGAAGCAGCCAAGUCAAGCCUGCAAUGCCAUAUAAAGAACUCUUCGCUAUUUCCAUUCCCUUCUAGUGAGGCUAUGAGAUCAAAAUUCUAUGUUGACUGGUUCGUAGCUGAGUCCCUUUCCAGUAUUCCUCUCUUCAGUGCGAGAUCUCUGACCAGUUGUCAAUAGGGUUGUUCUUUACCUUCCAGGGUUGUUCUUUACCUUCCAUUUACGCCAUUUCUAGUAAUCUUCACCCACUCCAUUGCAUCCCGCAGCCAGGAAGACAUCGAAUUAAUGACGCAAACACUCCUCUCCCUCGAACCUGCAAGAGCGAUCUCCGAAGCAGGUGCUCGCCUCCACCAAGUCUGCAGCGUCUUUCUACAAGUCGCCAAAGCAUUCAACAAAUCGCAACAAGCUUCCUUUGGGUCAUUCGAUGCUCAGGAUAAUUCUUUUACAUUUCCCCCCGUUGAUAACGGUGUUCCGGGAUAUAAUUUUGUGGGGGAAUUGGGGUUUCCGUUUAGUGAUAAUGGAUUUGGGAUCAGGAAUACGGAUAUGCAGAAUAUGUCGCUGUUUUUGGAUACGUUUGUGAGUGACAGACAGACUGGGGAUGGAAUAUGGGAUGUUGGGUAUUCAGAGGCUUCGGGGUCGGGCUGAUGGAAGCGCUAUUUCGAUCAUGUGGCGCAAGAUUAACGAUAUACACAAAUGCACGAGAGUUUCAGUUCACCUCAGGUGGAGUAUCGGAAGGACUGUA